AUGGCACGGUUCAUGGGCUCCGUUGGGCUUUUGCUGCUAGUGAUCGGAUUCUGCAUCGUUGGUGCCGGAAAGGUGCCACCGAAGGCAACCGACCAGCUGUUCCCUCUCUCGCUGAUCCACAUCAACGACAUUCAUGCCCACUGGGAGGAGAUCGAUACGGCCAGCGUCACCUGCGAUCUGAAACGACCCGGAGCGGCGGAACUCUGCAUCGGAGGGUACGCCCGAACGGUCGCCGUUGUGAAGAGCCUGCUGAAGGAGCGGGUCAAUCCGGUUUACCUGAACAUCGGCGACAACUUCCAGGGUACGCUCUGGUACAACAUCCAUCGGUGGAAUGCGACGGCGCACUUUUUGAACCUGCUACCCGCGGAUGCCGUGACCGUUGGUAAUCAUGAGUUCGAUGAUGGGAUCGCUGGUGUGGUGCCGUUCCUGGAGGCACUGCGCUCUCCCGUACUGCUGGUGAACGUGGACAACUCCAAGGAGCCGACGUUCAACCAAUUCCAACGCUCGAUGGUGCUCGAGCGGGCCGGUCGUAAGAUCGGUCUGAUCGGGGUACUCCUCCAGAGUACCAGCAAUAUGGCCGACACCGGUGCCCUCGUGUUCCAGGACGAGGUGGAAACCGUCCGAGAGGAAGCGGAUCGGCUCGCGGCGCAAGGUGUGGACAUUGUGAUCGUCCUGUCGCACUGUGGACUCGACUUGGAUCACAUCAUAGCGGCCAACGCAGGUCCGAACGUGGACAUUAUCGUCGGUGGGCACUCGCACAGCUUCCUGUACACGGGCGAAAACCCCAAGAUUCCGAUGACACCGGCGUCGGAGUACCCCACGGUGGUUACGCAGCAGGAAACGGGCCACCGGGUGUUGAUCGUGCAGGCGUCGGCGUACACCAAGCUCGUGGGUGACAUCGUACUGUACUUCGACGAGCAGGGCGUCGUGCAGCACUGGGAGGGCGCUCCGAUUUAUCUCGCCAACGAGAUCCAGCCCGACGAGGACAUCAUGCAAGCGAUCGUCCCGUGGAAGGUAGCCGUGGACGAGAUCGGGGAGCGUACGAUCGGUUCGACGGCGAUCGAGCUGCCCAAACCACCGUGCAACUUCGGGGAGUGCAUCCUCGGGAACCUGAUCGCCGACUCGAUGGUGGACGCGUUUGUACCGUUGGCGGAACCGGGCCACUGGACGUACGCUGCCAUUGCGGCGAUCGCCGUCGGUCGCAUCCGGCAAACGUUGGCACCAGGAGAUAUCUCCUUCAAGCACCUCGUCGAGCUGAUGCCGUUCGAGAACAAGCUCAUCUGCUACGAUCUGCGCGGGGAUCAGCUGAUCGGACUGCUCGAACACGGUGCCGAGCUGUCGUGGGAUGUCGAUCGGUUCAACGCCAAAAAUCUCAUGCACGUGUCCGGGCUCCGGGUCGUGUACAACGUCACCAAUCCGAUCGGGUACCGGGUGCUUUCGGUUGAGGCGCGCUGCCAGGAUUGUAGCGAGCCACGGUACGAUCCGGUGGAUCCGUUCCGUACGUACCGCGUUGUAACCGUGUCCUAUCUGGCCGAGGGAGGCGAUGGGUUCGAGAUUUUCCCACUCUACGGUACGAACAAAGUGGUGGCCCCGGUCGAUGAUGUGCAGGCGUUCGAAGGGUACGUCAAGCCGCGCUCUCCUGUUGCGCCGGAACUGGAAGAGCGCAUGCGGAUCUUGACAUAA